GCAGCCAAUCAGAGCGCAGCGGCUGAGAGGAGUCAUGGCGCUGAGGUGAAGGAGGAGGAGGCCGGAGCUGAAGUUUAUUUUACCCACAGAAACGGAGGAACCGGGGGAUCUGCGGGGGAAUAGAGCCUGGAACAGCGCCGCGGGCUGAGCUGAGGAUCCGGGCGGGGGUUUAGCAGAUGAAUCGAGUGUUUUGAUCACAGCAGCGUAAAGAGACAGAUAUUGAUCAGUAAAGGCUUUGUCAUGGAGAAGCCGGCCCUGCAGACGCAGUCCUCCAUGCUGCCGUUCUUUGACACGGCGCACGCCAUCAACCUCCUGCGAGGGAUCCACGAGCUGCGUGCUGAGCGCAAGUUCUUCGACGUGACUCUCUGUGCCGAGGGCAAGGAGUUCCACUGCCACCGCACCGUGCUCGCCGCUGCCAGCACCUACUUCCGCGCCAUGUUCGCGGGGACGCUGCGGGAGAGCGCCAUGGACCGCGUGGUGCUGCACGAGGUGUCAGCCGAGCUGCUCGGACUGUUGGUGGACUUCUGCUACACGGGGCGCGUCACGGUCACGCACGACAACGUGGACCUUCUGCUGAAAACCGCCGACCUCUUCCAGUUCCCCUCCGUUAAAGAGGCCUGCUGCGCCUUCCUGGAGCAGAGGCUGGACGUCUCCAACUGCCUGGAGAUCCAGGACUUCGCCGAGGCGUACGCCUGCCGGGAACUGGCGGCGAGCGCCCGGCGCUUCGUGCUGAAGAACAUUGUGGAAUUGGCGAAGGGCAUGGAUUUCGAGAGGCUGCCGUGGAAGCGGUUGCUGGAGUUCGUCUCUGACGACGGGCUGUGUGUGGAUAAGGAGGAGACGGCGUAUCAGAUCGCAGUGCGCUGGGUUAAAGCCGAUUUGCAGAGGAGGCUGCACUACUGGCCCGAGCUGCUGCAGCAGGUCCGCCUGCCCUUCAUGCGCCGCUUCUUCCUCCUGGCUCACGUCGAGAGUGACCCGCUGGUCUACCUGUCGCCGGCGUGUUUGCGGCUGGUCAGCGAAGCCCGAAGCUUCCAGUCCUGCGAAUACGACCGGCACGACCGGCCCUGCCACCGCAUGCGCCCGCGACCGUCCACCGGCCUGGCGGAGAUCCUGGUGGUGAUUGGCGGCUGUGAUCAGGACUGUGAUGAGCUCGUCACUGUGGACUGUUUUAACCCUCAGACCGGCCAGUGGAGGUACCUGGCCGAGUUCCCCGACCACCUUGGAGGAGGAUACAGCAUCGCGGCGCUGGGCAACGAUAUUUACGUCACAGGCGGUUCUGACGGCUCCCGGCUCUACGACGGCGUUUGGCGCUAUAACUCCAGUGUUAACGAGUGGACGGAGGCGUCGCCCAUGCUGAAGCCACGUGAGUACCACAGCUCCUGCGUGCUGAAGGGUCAGCUGUACGUUGUGGCGUCGGACAGCACAGAGCGGUACGACCACACUCUGGACUGCUGGGAGGCUCUGCCACCGAUGCUGCACUCCAUGGACAACUGCUCCACCACGGCCUGCGGCGGACGGCUCUACGCCAUCGGCUCCCUGACCGACGAGGACACCAUGGCCAUCCAGUGCUACGACAGCGAGUCCAACCGCUGGAGCCUCGUCAACUGCGGACAGCUGCCCCCCUGGUCCUUCGCCCCCAAAUCCAUCACUCUCAACGGGUUCAUCUACUUCGUGAGGGACGACUCAGCAGAAGUUGACGUCUACAAUCCACAGAAGAACGAAUGGGAUAAAAUUAAUCCAAUGAACCAAGUGCACGUGGGAGGCAGCGUGUCCGCCCUCGGUGGACGUCUCUACGUGUCUGGAGGCUACGACAACACCUUCGAGCUCUCGGACGUGGUGGAGGCGUACGACCCCUCCACCCGCACGUGGAGCCCGGCCGGCCGCCUCCCCCAGCCCACCUUCUGGCACGGCAGCGUCAGCAUCUUCCGGCAGUUCAUGCCCCUCGUCUCCAGCAGCUUCGAGCCCAUCGACCUGCCGGAGGCCAACGACAUCCACCUGCACCACCGGCACCACCGCAACCAGGCCCUUCACAACAACCGCAACAACCAGCUCAACCACAACCAGCAGGUGAACCCGGCGCGCUGACCCUGCCCGCUCACGCUGCUCCCGCCAAGGGGGCGUGUCCCUCAAUGUGACAGUGAUGUGUAACGUUAGGUACUUUAGGCACUUUAACACACCUUAAUUCACCUCAGCUGGAGUGCGAGUGGAGAAGAGGAACGAAGAGACAGAGAGAGAGAGAGAGAGAUUACCUGCAGACAGGUGAACAGAUCAUUUUGUUUGCUUCUGUAAACUUGCGCUAUCACAGCCCAGUGUGUGUGUUUGUAAAUGUGUGUGUUUGCAUGCAGUUGUGACUGACGCUGGCUGUGAGGAACUCUGAAGAAGAUAAGGAGAGACUGGUUAUAUUAAAUAGUGCCUACAGACGAUCCAUGCUUUGGACACUGAUGACCUGAAUGGAGGUGAAGGAUAAUAAAGUAAAGUUUAUACUUUAGUUUAUACUGGCAGACAGUGGUCUGCUAACAGUUAGCAUCAGUCAUACUAAUAGCUCCCCCUUGUGGACUCUUACAAAGAUUCUUAAGAUAAACACUAUAGAAGUUCAUAGAAAUUUUCCUUUUCUAAAUAUAAUUCUUCUUUUCCCCUAUAAUUAUAUUUAAUUAAGUAACGAUUGCAGGGAAACAAAUAGAAAGAAAAAGGAGUAAUCUAAUGGAAAAGGGGCACAAACACAGUUUGGUAUUGGAUUAUAAGUAAAUGAUAUCUCAGUCCUAAAUUUGAAAAAUAAGCUGUUUGUGAGCUAAAAGCAGUGCUAAUUAUCAAAAGAAAGUAUAAAAAUUGCAUUGAAUGCAAUUUUAUGCCAAGGUUUGGAGGCCCUUGUAAUGUUUAAUAUACAUUUUAAUACACAUUUACUGUUUUUGUUCUGAAUUUUACACAUUUAGAUAAACCUUCAAACGUGGAAUUUAAUUAGUAAUAUUUUGAAUAUUUUUCUAUUUGAUCAUUUCAUAGAUGUGCUUCAUGCCAAAUAUGGCAAAUUUCCUAUUUAAUCAAUUGUCUGGCUAAUUAACCAAUACAUUUAUAGUAAUUAAUUUCUUAAUUCACACAUUUAGGACCGCCCCCAUACAUCACCCUGUACAUUCCAGAAAGUGAAGGGAUGCUCCUGCUCAGUUCAGAUGUUUAGCCGGGUUCAGAUAUCAUCACUGCUGAGGGAAAGUGCUGGGAUUUAUAUGUUUAAACAGUUCAGAAGGAAACUGUCUCUACGUAUCAAAAGACAGAUACCGUAUUUCUCAGAAUAUAAGGUGCACCGAAUUAUAAGGCACAUUAAGCAAAACUACUAAAGAUGCCAACAAUAAAGUAAAGGAAGAGUGUCCCCAUGAUUCCCUUCUAAUGGGGAAGCACCUAAGUGAACAAAAAAUGUAUUUCUUUAAAAAUAUAUAUAUUUUUAAGUUAAACGAGUGCUGGAUGUUGAUCUACACAGAUUUCUCUCCUGAAAACUGUUUAUUUGGAUAAGUAAAAUGUUUCCUUUUAUUUACAGUAAGCUUAGAUUUCCAAUAUUUAGUCUAAGGGGGAGUUUUAAGUUAAGUGUCUCCAGCAUUAAGGCUGGGUGCAGCAGCAUUAGCAUUAGCCGCUAACCGCAGCGCUACAGUGAGGAACCCUUAGUGUUAUGGUAACCCAGGGUGCUAUCAGCUAGCAGUUCAACCCGUGUAGCUUGUUUUAACACAGCAAACACACAGACACAGAGAGGUGAGUCUUACAUACUCACCUCUGAAUGGCUCUGAAAGAGCUAGUGCCUAACACAGUUAGCGGCUUAUGUUAAUGCUGCUGCACCUAGCCUUAGUGCUGGAGAAACUUCACUAAAACUCCUGUAUAAUUCAGCAGAGUGUCUUUACUGCUCCUUAAUACCUGACUGGUAGAAUUCAUACAUAAGGAGCAGCGGAUUAUAAGGAGCUCUGAUGAUUUUUGAGAAAAUUAAAGAUUUUAAGUGCACCUUAUUGUCCAAAAAAAUAUGGUAAAUAUUCUUGAUUUCUGUGGAUUAGUUGUCAUUUACAAAACAAAUCAAUCAGCAAUCAAGCAAUCAGACUGGUUUCUUAUGCAUGAAGUAUCCACAUUGUUCUGUGAACUCAUUAAAUCAUUGAAUCAUAAUCUUUUUCCUAUUUUGAUAGUAAGUUAAGAUUAUUUAUGAAUGUGUAGAGAAUGUUUAUUUUAGUAAAAGUGUGAAACUCUAGAUUAAGACCAGCCUGUGUUCUUUUUCUUUUCUUUUUUUUUCUUCACUUUUUUUAAGUCAAACAAAAACUUUAAAAGCUGUUGUAUUUUAUUUUUAUGUAUAUUUUAAGCUGUUUAAUAACUGGAAGUAGUAAUGCAUUAUCUCCUCGAGUAGCGUGUUUUUUUUUUGUUUGGCUGAUUUUUAUAAUUAUCUAUAUUAAUUAUACUCAAACGGUACUUGAUGUAGUUUUUGUUACUCUUUUUUUUUUUCAUACGGAAUGUUUUCAUGUUUUCAUGCUUUUUGUGGCCGAAAAUCAUUUUUAUUAUUUGGGCCUUGUGAUUUGGUUUGUGUAGUGAUGUGUGAUCAAACAAUAAACUGCAGGCAGGAAUGUG